GACGAGUCAAGUCGUGUGCUGUUGCCUUGCCUCUACGCUCUCUGCCGCCCUACGUGUCAGAGCAGAGCAGAUCGGUUUUUUGUGUCCGGUGUGUGGGAUCGUUGCAUGAUCCGAUCUCAGAGAUCAGAUCAGUCGCUGAAACGCCGCGUGCUCGUCUACAGCCACCAGCUCGCUGUGUGGUCUCGCGUCCCCCGCCCACUCCCUCCACUUAAAAGGGUUUACAAAAAUUAUCACAGUGUAUGAAUUUGAUUCAUUCCCUUUUGCAACUAAUCGGAGCUCGGAAAACUCCGUAUAACUCGGCUUAGCACCGCUCAAGCUUGAGGGUGCCCAAAUUAUACCCAGAAGGGUGCUCUUUAAGCCCUGAAAUCUAAGCCUAGAAAGCGAACAUGACGCGACCGAAGCAAAAUGAGAGCAAAUUCAAGGCAUUCAUGCAGGAGAAUGUCCUCACCAUGGCCACCGUGAUUGGUGUGUUUGCGGGUGGACUGGUGGGCUUCAUCAUUAAGAACAGCACCGGGGAAUGGACAAAGCGUGAGAUUAUGUACAUAUCAUUUCCGGGCGAGAUCUUUUUGCGCAUGCUUAAAUGCUUGAUUGUGCCGCUGUUGGUGUCGUCGAUAACCAGUGCCAUUGGUGGACUUGAUUUGAGCAUGUCCAGCAAGAUAGCCACCAGAGCCAUCACAUAUUACUUUGUGACCACCAUUUCGGCUGUGGUUUUGGGCAUUUGUCUUGUGACCACACUGCGUCCCGGCCAGGGUGCAAAGAUUGUGGAAACCCAAACGGAGAGCAUCGAUAAGGCAUCCAAGGUGCUGACCCCAGACACGCUAAUGGAUCUGGUGCGAAACAUGUUUACGGACAACAUCAUCCAGUCGACCAUGUUUCAGUAUCGCACGGAGAUCUUUGAGAACACCAGCAUUAGCCCUGCACAACCCAUGGAAGCCUGGCAAUUCAAGUCCUCCCAGCGCGAGGGCUCCAAUGUCUUGGGUCUGGUCAUGUUCAGCGUGAUCCUGGGCACCACCAUUGGCCGUAUGCGUGAAAAGGGCCAACUUCUGCAGGAUUUCUUUACCACAUUGAGUGAGGCAAUGAUGACCAUCACCUCAUGGGUUAUCUGGAUCUCCCCAUUGGGUGUGGCCUUUCUGAUAGCCGCCAAGAUCAUUGAAAUGGAUUCCAUAGCAGCGACUAUACAAUCCCUAGGCUGGUAUUUCAUCACCGUCAUGAUUGGUCUCUUUUUGCAUGGAUUCGGCACCAUUGCUGUGAUCUUUUUCUUGGGCACACGACGCCUACCGUAUCGUUAUAUUGCCAAGCUCAGUCAGGUGCUGGCUACUGCCUUUGGCACUGGCUCCAGUUCGGCCACCAUGCCGCUGACCAUCAAGUGUCUGGACAACAUGGGCAUCGAUCCGCGAGUCACACGAUUCGUUAUACCCGUGGGCGCCACCAUCAACAUGGAUGGCACGGCUCUGUAUGAGGCGGUGGCAGCUCUCUUCAUUGCCCAGUAUCGUGAGAUGAGCUACUCCUUUGGCACAAUUGUGGCGGUGAGCAUAACGGCAACGGCUGCCUCAAUAGGGGCCGCUGGCAUACCGCAGGCGGGACUCGUCACCAUGGUCAUGGUGCUGGACACUGUGGGCCUGGAGCCAAAGGAUGUGUCCCUCAUUAUAGCUGUCGAUUGGUUGCUGGAUCGCUUCCGCACUACCAUCAAUGUCAUGUGCGAUGCUCUGGGCACUAUUUUGGUAAAUCAUCUGUCGAAGAACGAUCUGGCCAGUGUGGAUAGGUUGAAUGCCGAACCUCAUGAGCUCCUCGAGCUGGGUGCCAAUGGUCAUGAGAUGAAGGAAUGAAGGCAGUCUUCGCUUGGCGCCUAUAAUCGCAAACGAUGAGUGGACAUGUCCCGGGUGUGGGCCUGGUUCCACAUCCUGCCACGCCAGGAUAGCGACAGCGAUGACUACGACGACGAUGAGGAGUUUUAAGAUUGUCAUCGCUGCAUCGUUUAUCUGUUGGCAGGACUCAGGACUCCAACAGUCAGUUUGUUUUGCGAUAAAUUAUGGGCGACCAAGACGCUUCCAAUUUCCAAGAUUGAUUCAAUUUGCAGCAGUAGCCUCGAGAGGUCUGCCAGAGUACAAGUACUAAAAAAAACGAAACACAGCAACGAAUUUAAAGCCAGCUACUAAUUCGUUAAUUAGUUUGUUUUUCUCUACCCCCGUAGAAGCAGAAAAGCAGAACAGAAUUAUUUGUAAGAACUAAGCAAAAGAUACAUUUAUCGUCUAAAUUAGCCGUACUUUCAAGGUGUAAAUAAUAUUUUAAAUAUAAUUCAUAAUUAUAUUAAAUUGAGUUCAAAUUUUGCUUUACAUUCUCCCCCUCCCCCCACAUAUAUAUGAUUAGUAUUAAAUGAAAGGAGAAACACAAAAAUUAGUUAUAUUCAAAUUUCAAUUCCAUUUCAAACUCCAAGCAAAUGCAUUUUGUUGUCGAACAAAUGAGAUUCGUACUCUAGUAUUUGUUAAAUAAUAAAAGUAAUCAAUCCAACAAGUUUUCUGCCAUAGUAAAACAAAAUAAAGAAAGACACAAAAUAAGUAAAAUAUUUAGCAGUUAGUCGUCAGAGCGAUAAACACUUGAAAAUACAAUUAAAAUCGAAUCGGGAUAAUACAGAAAUCAGAAUUUCAAAUGCCGUUACAAGUUCGUGUUCAUAGUUUGAGCUUUGUACAUACUUAAUAGAUUAAGUAUACAUACGCGUUCACACACAUUACAUACAAAA